GGCCUUAAAGCCUUGGCGAGCUUUGCUGCCCAUUGUCUAUAGGGUUGCUGUCCGGCUGCCUGGCCUGCAGAGUCGGGUCGAGCGGUGUCUGGUCAAGCAGACUUAACUUCACUCCUCCAGGGUAAGACCGUGCUCAGUUGCUGUUUUUGGGGUCGGCUGCGUGGCCAAGAAUACUGCCAGGUCAAGCAGAGUAACUUCGCUGAUGUGGGAUAGUUAGUGGUUGACUAUCUUACUCCGACUUCUUAGCUGGUUGACAGCAGUUUGCUUAUCAAGUGGUUAACCCACUCUUGGCUCUGAAAUUGUUAAGCCUGCAGUUGUAACUCAAGUGCCCUCAUUCCCACAUCUAUUGAUCGAUUGAGGGGAGUGUAUGCAUUGAGAUUGCCGACCCUGUGGGUGCUGGCUGGCUCUUGCAAUGGCCUGCCAUCCGCUUACCUGAUGGGCUUGACAGCUGGCGAGCGAUAAGUGGUCCACUUGCAAGCUGCGAAGGCAGUUGAUUGAUUCGUGAUGGGCUAGUUGAGUGGGAAUAGCAGUUUUCGAAUAAACAAAUAGUGGUGGCUUCGCAUGCAGUUUAAAAUGAUGCGAAAGUGACCAAUUUACUAUCCAAUCCCCUUACUUGAUGCCCUCCGGCCCGCACUCUCUUUCAUGCACCUCGUCAUCUUUUUCAGGUGUCUCGUUGGAAGCUAAAGAAUCCGCAGGAGCCAAUCACCCACCUGCCUCCCGGAUGUUAAGGUCAGGCCUAUGUAGAAUCAGGAAUUGACAAGCAGCUAUAGUGCCCCAUUGAUUUUGUGCUUUGAGAACAUGUUAGCUCCAUACCAAGUCUAAAUGCAUUUACACGCGAGCAAGAUUAGAGAGUAUGCGCUGACACAGAAGGUAUAAAAAGGGAUACUGAAUGCACGUGAAUGAACUAUGAGGUAAUUGAAGUUCGACUGGAUGUGGAAAGAUCGGAGGCGUACUUUGGCUGAUCACAUAGGCACACUAUGAAUUGACAAGGCAGUGUACUGUGCUUGUCAGACUGAUCUGGAUUGUCAAUGAUAUUUGUUGAUCCUGAAGGGGCUUGACCGUGUUGAUAUCCUAUGGAGAGAUCUAUGUUCUAUGUAGUGCAGUAUCCCUGGUUGGUGGGUACUUCCUCAGCCUGUGAGAGAGAGGUGAGAGAUAAGCGAGAGGGAGGGAGCACAUGACAAGUUGGAGAGGGAGGCAGGUCUUGAAUAGUGGGGAACAAUAAAGUUGGGUGAGAUGAAAGGCAAUGAAAGUCAGCUGCAGGGUUUUGUUGUAGUAGGCAGAUGAGUAGCUAGUUGGCGUCAUAAGUGAACGAGGGACGGAACGUUAUGAUUUAUUGCCUUUUUUGUGAGAAAAAAAGUUGAGUGCUUGCCAACAAUGAAAGCUAUGAUAACAUUCAACUGGUACAGAUAGCCGUGUUCCGUGAGAUGCAAUCUUUCAACAGCCAUGUGUCGUCUGAUUGGAUACCAGGCGAAGGAUUGGCAGAAGGAGGCCGAGAAUGGAGACUUCGUUGAGUACGGGACAAGGAUUGCUCUCUUGAUCAACCGCGUCACGGACCUCCUCGCUACUUGCAUCGCACAGGAGGAGGACAUUCACUCUCUCGACCACGCCAAUCAGGCGCUGACUAAGCUCAUACAACAGCUGGAGCAGCGACCCGUCGCCACCUCCAGCGCCGGCCCCUUCGACCUCGUCGACCGCGUCAACGUCUUGGAGAUAGACGUGGGAACGCUCAAGACCGAGACUCAGCGACUUGACCAGCAGGUGGGGUCAGCAGCCACACCGAGCUCAGCGCCUCACGAAAGCAUCCCCAAAUUUGAGGGGCUCCCGAUCUUAUGCAAUGCAUCGAAGACGGAGCCUAUACCUUGGUGGCGCCAGUUCGAAUUGAAGUUGGACAUCCACCACGUUGUCAACACAAACCGGCACGCAUACUUGUACUCCCGGUCAGGAGGUGCUUGCCAGGCAUGGCUGGACAACGUGUUGUCCGCACAUGCAUGUACAGUCUCCGAGUUACACAACUUCAUCACCUGGGCCGAUCUCACGGCAGCAUGGAAGAAGCGUUUUCAAGUGGAACCGCCCGAGCACCAGGCGAUGGACAAGCUGCUGACAUUCACACAGAACAGCAUGCCAAGCGGAGAUUGGAUAUCAAAGUUCCAACGCCUGGCGAGCACGCCGAAGCUACCAAUGAACUUCGACGACAUCAAGCUUUACUUCAUUAAGCGGUCAUUCCCCGCUUUGCAAAACGCGUUGACUCAAGUCGCCAAGAACCUCCACACAAGUGAGGAACUCUUCAACAAGGCCGCGCAGAUCAUUGUCACGAACUUGGAAGCGAAGAACAUUGGUCGUUCGUCGACAUCCGGCCAGGGCGCGCAUCAGCAUCGAUCGAAAGUGGUCGUGGUCGCGGCAGCAACGCCAAGCGACCCUUCAACUUCAAACGAGGCUGCCUCGUCUGACGAGGGAGACAGACUAGCAGCUGCCCAGAAUGCCUUCUAUGCACCACCAACUUCGCCGACGGAGGACGAAGUCGCAGUGGGGGACAUUCUUGAGUAUGUUAGCAAGGUGGCACGAGAGUUUCGCACACAGCGGUACGGCGACAACAACGCACUGCUCCUUAAUGUGCGUAUCCAAGUAGGGCAAGCGUCCUGCAGCGCUUUGCUGGAUAGCGGCACGACUCGCAACUUCAUUAGCCAGUCCUUUAUGCGAAGGGCCGGUUUUGGCCCACAAGUUCGAAGGAAGGCACACCCUAUGACGAUCGAGUUGGCGGACAAUAGGAUGCAACAACUCUUUGAUCGCUACAUCGAGGCCCUGCCGGUCUAUUUCGCAACUCAUGCAUGCGAACCGGUGACGUUUUACGUUUUGGACACGGACUUCGACAUCAUUUUGGGCAUGCCUUGGCUUGCAAGUGCGGAUCACACGGUCAACUUCCAUCGGCGGACACUUACGGUCCGCGACCCGUUCGACGCCGAAGUCCCAUGUACCAUCCCUCUUCCGCACCCUUCAAUCCGGUGCCAAGUUGUAAUAGCCAAAUCUUUUCGGGCCACUUGCGCUUAUGAGCGGACCGAUGAGAUAGGCUUAUGUUUUGUUCGCACCAUCGCGGCAGCCGAAUCUCAACCCACGGACUUGUCUUCGGAUCCCCGUGUGGUAUGGUUGCUUGACGAAUUCGCCGACAUCUUCGAGUCACCUACCGGCGUGGUGCCGGAUCGACCGAUCUCCCACGAGGUCAUUCUCCAGGCCGAUGCCGUGCCGCCGAAAGGUUGCAUUUAUCGCAUGAGCGAGGAGGAACUUACAGAACUCCGCACGCAGCUCGACGAUUUGUUGGACAAAGGCUGGAUCCGGCCUAGUAGCUCACCCUAUGGUGCGCCUGUUCUCUUCGUGCGGAAGAAGAACAAGGAUCUUCACCUAUGCAUCGAUUACCGCAAGCUCAAUGCACAAACCACCCAAGACAUCGGCAACAGGACGAUCGCCUGUUGGAUGGCGUUCAUCGACCAGCUCGACUUCUUUCCCGAUUAUAUUCCGGGGACGUCAAACCGUUUCACGGAUGCGCUUUCACGAUGUUUGGAUCACUGCACCGCCGUCUACUCGACCUUCGAGAUAGAGGAUGACUUGCGGGACAAUUUCAUCCGCGACUAUCAAGUCGACCACGAAUUUCGCGACAAGGAAGCGAUUGCCAUGGACAUUACAGGGUCGUUCCCCAAGCACAUGACAGGCGUGGAUGGGAUUCUCAUGGUGGUUGACCGACUCACCAAGUUUGCCAUGUUUUUGCCUUGCCGUUAUCACGCUAAGGCAUCAGAGUUGGCCGAGGUUCUCUACGCCGGUUGGAUUCAAACCAAGGGUUGCCCCAAGGAGAUCAUCUGCAGAUUAGGAGGUUCUCUACGCCGAGACGUGCCAGCUACUGAAGUACCAUUGGACCCACGAAUUGUCGAGCUUCUCGACUCCUUUGGCGACGUUUUCGAAGCUCCCACCGGAAUCGUACCCGAUUGGCCCCUCUGGCACAAAAUCAUCGUUGAGGACAGGGUCGUACCUCCACGUGUUUGUAUCUACCUCAUGAGUGAGAAGGAACUUGAGGUGCUUUUUACGCAACUCGACAACCAUAUUGAGAAGGGUUGGAUUCGUCCUAGUUGCUUGCCCUACGGUGCACCCGUGCACUUCGUUCGGAAGAAAAACAAGGACUUGUGGCUAUGCAUUGACGACUGCAAGCUUGACACUCAAACCGUUAAGAAUGCUGGCCCCCUCCCGCGCAUCGACGAGCUUCUCGAACGUUUGGGAGGCACCACGUACUUCUCGAAGUUGGACCUCAAAUCCGGUUAUCACCAAAUUGGGAUCCAUCCAUGGAAUCGGUACAAGACGGGAGGAGACACUCCUCCGAAUACUGGAACUCGUAAGAUAUGUUGCAAGGAAAAUGAUAUGUGGACGACGGUGCUUGAUGAUGAUGAUGCCGAUGAUGAUAAUGAUGUUGAUGACAACGAAUAUGAUAUGGGUGAUGGUAAAAGCGAUGAUGGAUGACAAUGUCCAAGACGGUCCUAAGCGCAACAGUAGACG